AUGUCGGCUGCCCGCAAGUGUCGGUUGCCCGCAAAUGUCCCAGGCUGCCCGCAAAUGUCUCAGCUGCCCGCAAAUGUUUCAGCUGCCCGCAAAUGUGACCCCCCAAAUUUUGCCCGCAAAGUGGUUGCCCGCAAACUGGUUGCCCGCAAAGUGGUUGCCCGCAAGUGUCGCGACGCCAAGUUCUCUGGCCUUUCAGCCUGUCAGGAAAAUAAUUUGGACUUGCCGCGCCUUGGAAUCGGCCAUCGCCUCGUUGCGACGACUAGCCGCGGCUGGGGAUUUGGUGCGCGACUGGACCUCUUCUUCGACGAGGCGAAACAUUUUGCUGCGGCAGCCCGCCAUUAUUUUCCCGACAGACUGAAAUUGUAA